AUGGGUCGAUGCAGAAUGCAGGGCAAGAAUCUUGCAAAAUAUGGCGUUAAAAUCAAGAGGAAAAGGAUUGAAAAACUGAAACGGCGGAAGGCGCUGGAUAAUUCUGUUAUAAUUGAAACAGUGGUGGAUUCGGGAGCAGGAGAUAACGUAGCGGAUGAGGAAUGGCUACAGGUGGAAAUGUUACCCGACGAUACAGGCGAGGGAGCAAUAGCAGCAGCACCAGCAGCAGAAUCACUCGAACCGCACUUGUCCGAUCGAUCGAGGAAAGAAAAAUUGCGAAGGAAUGAAUUACCUUUGAUGCAAAAUAAGAGCCUGCCUAUGCUUGGAUUUGAUUUCAGCAGCAGCAGCGACAGCAAAAGUCAGAGGAAAACCAGAAAUAACGGUACAGGAGUUGUAUGUGCUAGACAAAUGUCGAAAAAAAGAGCACGAAAGAUGAUGAAAGUAAUGAAACGAAAGGAAAAAUUGGAAAGUGCUAUGGAUGUUCAAUAA